AUGGAUUCAGUGCUUAACAUCUCGGUCCUCUUCAGUCCCACCAAAGAAAACAUAUCCUUGCAGGAAAAAAUUCCUGAGGACACAAUCUCAACUGGGAUUUCUUCAGAAAACCUCCUCCCGCCUAUCCAAGGUAAAGGGGGACUAGAAAGCACAAGCACAUGUUUAAGUCAACAAAAUCUAGUGCAGGACAACUCAGAGCAGAUCUGUCAAUUAGAUAUUGUCAUGUCCUGGGACAAUAAUGACAAUUUUAAUGAGACAAUAUCUCUUGAAAACCUCAGUGGAGGUGAGGGCUUGCUGAACCGGUGUCCUAAAGAUCAGUCAGUACUUACUGAGGAAAAACUAGAUGAUCCAGUGAAAGUACUUGAAACAUUCGAGGAAGUCCAUGAAGACAAACAAGAAUAUAAGACAGAUGACAAUAAAAAUCAAAACUGUGACAUUGAAAAUGAUAAGGAAAAUAGGAGAAAUAACAAAAAUGAUGAUUCUGACUAUACUGAGCUUAUUCCAGCAGAAGAUGUCAAACCGUACAGCAGUUCUGAAACACUCAUGCCUCAGGUUAGUGGCCAAGAAUGUGAUGUGGGCCAAGGCCUCAUCAAAAAUCAGCAGAAAAAUGAAGAUGUCCAGGCCCCAGAAAUUGUCCCAAUGCCUACAGGACAGGAACUUGCUGAGGACAUGGGAGGCGAGGUGAUUGGCAACCCAAACACAUGCACUGCAAACACCUGCACAGGCAUCUCAGAACAACAGGAGGAGGAUGAGCAGACCACUAGCUGUCUGAGUGUGGGCCAGCUCUUCCGUUGGCUGAGAAAGAGAAUCCUUCUGACUCUCCAGAGAAAACAAGACCCAGACGAGGUUACCGAGGGCCACAAGAGGCACAUCCAAAGACGAUUUUUCAGAAGGAGUUACAAGAUCCAACCAGAAGAACAACUUGAAAAUUAA